GAAAGGGGCGUGGAAUAGGCACCAACAUCACAGGCUAAUGCAGCCUCCCACCAUGCCAUUAAUCUCCGUCUGUGGACCGUCUGACCGUCACCCAGGUUGCCUUCAUCCGUCCUGUCACCACGAAGGACUCCGCGCUGGACCGGCUGGAUCUGAUCUGAUCUCUGGGUGUCUCCGGUAGCGGGAUGAAACCGACAUAGUGAUAAAGGAGCAUCCUCCUCCUCCUCCUCCUCCUCGUCUUUUCUCUCCUCCACAAGCGGAGCUCGGCUUUCACGCUCCAACCGGCGGAGAUAUGAGGAAUCCAGUGGCCGAUGCAGCGCUGACAUUCUGGCUGUUUUUAGAGUGUGCAGAAGCCAAGAAGUACUGCUGGUAUUUUGAAGGCGGAUACCCCAUCUACUUCAUAUGUCGUUCCUAUGAGGACUGUUGUGGGACUCGCUGCUGUGUGAGAGCUCUGUCCAUCCAGAGACUAUGGUACUUCUGGGUGCUGCUGAUGAUGGGGGUAUUGUUCUGCUGCGGUGCUGGCUUCUUCAUCCGGAGAAGGAUGUAUCCGUCCCCCCUGAGAGACGAGCCGGCCUUCAACGUCUCCUUCACCAGGCACCCUGUCACCACACCAGUUUCCCAGCAGCCAGGAAGUAUGCAGGGCUUCGGGGUCAAUGGGAUGACAGGCGACCCAGGGGUUAUGACACACCCAGCAUACCCGGCACAACCUGGACCUGCACAUAUGAUGAUGGGCUCCUAUCCUCCACCUCCGUCUUACUGCAACCACCCACCUCCACCCUACGAACAAAUAUUUCAAAACAGUGACAAGAAGUAACGUCUGCAAGGAACUAAGGAGACGGAACUUGACAAGGAAAAAGGGAAGGAAGGAAGGAGGCUGAAUUAUCAGGAGAAAGAUAAAAUAAGAUGAAAGCCUGCCAAUCGUUUGUGGCUUAACUGUUUGUGGACGUAAGACCUGGAAAAAGACCAAAAGAGGCACAAUGAUCAGAAUCUAAAUGCACAGACACACUCUCAUUCACUCACACACACUGCUUCAGCUGCAGUGCUUCAGUUUCUCUUGAUGUUUGUGGAUGUAUGUGUACAGUGACCAUGCCAGCUUUGUUGAACUGAAGAUGAGCGAGGAUGGACCCGUUCAGGUCGAGGUUUUUGGAUUCACCCGUCUACACCACCCUCCCAAUGCAACCAUGAGAGUGCAAAACAGUCAAACUCAUGAUGUGUUAAAAUGCUGGAUACUGUUGGUCUCACUGGACAAAUAGAAAUAUUUUGGUCUGAACAUCAGAAAAACAUAUCAAACACACAAUUCUGAAAAAGACCAUCUGUGUACAUGAUGUUAAAAUCUGAUUUUCUAUCCAGCAUUUUACUGCAAGAUGAGCUAUUUACUAAAUGAUAACUUCUUGAUACAUUUUUUAUGACAGUAUAUGUAGUCCAGUUACGUAAUGAAAUAAUGAGCUACUCCAGCAGUCUCCGGCUCGUUGUCGUGUUAGCUGCAGUGAAGCUUUAGUUCACACAGUCAGACAGAUGGAAAGCUGCUGAUAACAUGCCACUUUGAUGACUGGUGUGUCGCUGCUGUUCAGCUGGCAAAUGGGACAUAAAAAUGACAAGUGUGUAUCCGCUAGAGGAUACCGUGUCAGUGUCACUCUUUUCCUCACGUGUAGAAAGGUACACCACCAGCAGUAGUAUGAAUAGCAACGAAGUACAAUCUUUCCGUAAGCCGAACUUCUAAGUAACUACUUCUAUUGCUUAAACAUCAGCAAGCAGGAGCUUAGUUAUUACCUAUAAUAGUAUUAACAUAGACUCAACAAUGCCCACCAUGAACAAGCAUUUGGCAACAGUGUCAAGGAGAAACUUCCCUUAAGAUGCAGAAACACUGAGCAGAGCAUAGGUCAUUUUUAUUUAUAUUUCAUAUAUAUAAUUGCUGAUUGACAGUAGAAUGAGCAUGUGUUAAAAAAUGCGACGCGUGGAUUAUGUGGCUUUGGUGUGAUACCGGGUUGGGGUGUAUCCUGAUUCUGCCACAUGUUCAUAACUUGACUCGACGGCAGCUGUCUCUGAUGUGAUCAACAUUAUAGUUCUCUGACAGCUAACGCAGCGAUGCUGUCCAGAGCUACUUAUUAGCGCAGUGCAGCUAGCAUAGCAAGUGAAACACUAAAACUAGUGGGAUGCUAUCAGCAAAAUUCCAUCUGGGUGCAGCUGCAUGUACAUAUGCAUAAAUAUUUAGGUCAAAUUUCAAUAAAUCUGAAGGGGCACGUUGCCAUAAACAAAUCUAUAUAGUGGUAUCGAAAACGAUAUGAGGAAGGAGAGAAGUGGUUGACUGUGUUGUGUGGAGCUGCAGCAGUGAUCCAUGUCCCUCAGCUGACAUUCCUGCUGAAUGCUGUUACGUGCCAACAGCCUCGUGCUUGGCUCAGGCCAGCUUUAGGAAACAUUACUUCACAUCAUCUCUCCACGAUGAAAAUCUAGAAGAAAGAAAAUCAGCUGCCUCGGUUUGGCCAUUCACAUUAUCUGAGCUGGUUUUCUCUUUAGGAUUUAUGCAAACAUCUAGAUUCUUCUUUCAAGUUGCUGCGAUAAACAUUUCAGUGCAUCCAAGGUAAAAUAUGGAAUAUAUUUUACCUUGGAUUUCAUUUAAAUGAAUGAAAUGAAAUCCGAGGUAAAAAACAGAAUUCUCACAAUCCAGGAAAAGCGCAGUAAUGUUGUCAUGGUAACACAGUUUCUCCCUGGGUGAAUCAAACCUUAACUGCAAUCCAAUAAUGUUUUUUUUAACACAGUCAUUCAAAAUAUUCAGUGAAAAUGACAAAAAAGGAGCCAAGGAGGAUAAACUGAGAUUGGCAUACGGAUGAGGAUUGUUCAGUUUGUGAACAUGGUCAGAAACAACAUGCACACAGUUUAUCUGCCUCCAAACCGUUUCACUGCAAGCUGCAAAGUUUGAAACAUCCAAAAUGUAUCACAGAUCAUCCAACUCUCUGCAAGGACAAGACGGUUAGAAACAUGAAAUGAGGAUUAAACUUUAUUUAUUAAUGGACUUGACUUCAGGGCAGCAUGUAAAUGAUAAAAAUAAGAUUUAAUCACUAUUCAUUAACUUAUUUGGUAAUGCACAUAGUUGGACAUCCUUUUAUACAUCCACCCUGGGGUGUGUGCUAGUGUGGAUAUGAGAGUGAGAGAUAAAGUUAUCUUGUCUGGAGGUUAAACAGCUGAAUGCUCUCAGCAGGACAUCAUGAAUAAUGAAAGAAGAGGCAGCUGGAGCCUGAUGUCACUCCUGUCCUAUGCACACAUUUCAUGCCCGAGUCUAGACAGAUACACACACACAUACAACCAUGUGUAGUCCUCAUUCAGGACGAUAAAGAAUAUCUUGAACAUGUAUGUAACAGAUCUGCUCAUAAAAUGUGUUUUGGAAAGUAUGUUGAAACAGGACAGGUGACUGAAGUAACAACCAUGACUUAUGCUAACAAAGAAAGCUUUGUUUAGACUGGAAACAGCUAGCCUCCAAAAACAAAAACCACCCACCAGCAAAGUAGUUGCAACUAAGUGGCAACUGGUCCUGAUCAAGCGUCUUAAUUCAUGAGUUUUAGAGGUGCUGCUAGGUGGAUUGUGUUACCUUUGAACAAAGCUAGGCUAACUGUUUCCACCUACACCCAGUCUUUAUGCUAUGCUAAGCUAACCAGCUGCUGGCUGUAUUUUUAUGUAUGUAUUAGACAGACAUGGGAGUGGUCUCAAUAUUUUCAUCUAUUUCUCGACAUGAAAACAAAUAAGGACCUUUAAUCACUGUUGCUGCAGUAUAGCAUCCAGCCACUGGUGGCAGCACUGAGCAAUCCGCACCAUCUUUGGUGAGAUCUAUAAAUAAAUCGUACUAAAUCAUGAUUUCUUUUUAUUUCCCAGUCGCCACAGCUUUAAAGUCAUGAGGAGUAUGUCCGGCAGUGAGUUUAUGUUCUUAACUUUCUUCCUGGAGGACAUUUUAGGAGGGGAUCUGUGGUUUGGUCGUAAAAGGGACUGGCUCAGGGCUGCACAAUGUGUAGUUCCAAUUUCAUGCCGAAAAAAAAAAUCACAAUUCCCAUCAGAAAUCUGAAUAUGAACUGACUCUAAAUGUGUCAUUAGACAUGUAGAGUCAGUUUGUAUUCAGUACACAAAGAGCACACAAGUAUAUUUGUCAAAUUUACACAGAUUACUCGUGGUUCCUUCUAGCUUGUGUUUGUAAAAAGGAGUUUGUACAGAGUGAUGUGCCAUUUAGCUGAAGAAUGACUGCUCCAGUGGAGUAAUUUGUGCUUUUCGGUUCUCUUUUGGACUUUUGUGCUGCAAUAAAUACCUAGAUGAAGAUGUGGUAGUUUCAAAAGGUAGCCGAGCUCUUUCUGUAGCAUAGUUUUGUCCCUGCUGCCACCCCGUUGAUACACUCCCUCAACAAGCAGCAACAACGGGCCUCGUACAACAACCUCUCAGUGAUGAUACACAAAAUUCAUUUCUGAUUCAUUCAGUUUAAAUCUGAGGGUGGAGAAGCUGCUGAAUCACUGGUACACAGCACACACAUGUGUUUGUUUAAGUCCCAUAUGAGGCCCGUUGUUUCAUGAUGCAAACUGAGGACCUUGACCUGUUCAGGCUGUUGACAUUUGGCUGUUGGUGUCUUGUUUUUUUUAAGGGAAGUAAACCUUUAUUUUGUGGCUUGCAUGGCUAAAUAAUGUUUAAAAAAUAAAUAAAAAAAUUUGCCAGUAUAGUUGUAGUAAAAUCCAAAAUGUUUUAUGGCACAAAUAUGCUUCCACCUUCUGCUCCUCAGAGGAUGAAUGUGCUCUCUCAGAGGACGCUUUUUUGUCAUUUCUUACACAAGUAGGACUUUUGACCUCAUUGGGGUGCUAAAUAUGCUAAUAAAGUUUUAUUAAUGAAUAUUUUUUCUCAUUAUUACGACUCAGGAUAUCUCAGUGUGUCGUCAUUAUGACUUAGUAUCUCAAACCUAUGAGAGCUCAUCAUCACUCUUAUAAAUAUGACUUUGUAUCUUAUGAGAAACUUAGAAAGUUGAAUUACUCAAUUACUUAGUCACUUUUAAUUGAUACCAAGUCAUUAUGAAUCAUUAAACCAUAAUUAUAGAUAUUAUUUCAUAAUUAUGAGAUGAGUUUGACCUAGUGUCUCAUAAUUCUGACUUAAUAGCCAACAAAAUUAGGAAAAAAAGCGAUGAAUGGCACCAUGCUGGGUUGUAAAGGUAAACCUGUAUUAGCUCCUUUGUUUGGUUCUCAGCCUGUUUUUACUUUGAAUCAGUCUUUUAUGAGAUUUUCCCUCAGACUCCGUCCUGGUCCAUCCUGCUCUCGACAUCUAGUGAUGUUUCACUGUGAAUGUGUAGUGCAUAUACCUCUGUAAAGUCAAUGGAAGACCACUUUAGAGACCCUCCACACUCCAAUCUGGUUUGUGGUCUCCCACAGGAAACCAGUAGCAGGUUUUAGAAUGAGACCAGGACUGCGUGCAGCUGAAGUCUCUUUAGUCUCAGGCUGUUCAAUAUUGGGAAUACACAGCACAAUAUUAGAGAAGCAGGUAUUCUGUUUAAUCAUGUCAAACUAUGCAACAGGUACUGGAAUCAUCUUAACCCGAUGUCCUCUCUGCUGUUUUUAUCCUCUCCUUUUCUUUUGCUCUGAAGCUUUCAACGUAAAAUACCAUUAUACAUUGUGAAAUAUGUAAAUA